GGCGCGCGCGCGUGUGUGUGAGAGAGAGGAGAGGAGGAGAGCGCGAUCGAGAGUGAGUGUGUGAGAGUGCAUGCGAAGGUGCUGAACAUCCGGAGUCACUGGGACCACAGCAGCCACGCGGCUGACAACUGCAUCCAGCCAGUCCUCCGGACUCCAGCGGCCGCAGCCACUAGCAGGACCUGGGAAAUAAGGCUUAUUCUGCCUCUGCCCAAGGCUUUUAUAAGCAGCUUGGUGCUAAAUUGUUUCCUCAAAAUGCAGAGGAUCUAAUUUGCUGAGGAAAACAGCCAAAGAAGGAAGAGGAGGAGAAGAAAAAAAGAAAAAGGGGGUAUUUUGUGGAUGCUCUACUUUUCUUGGAAAUGCAAAAGAUUAUGCAUAUUUCUGUCCUCCUUUCUCCUGUUUUUUGGGGACUGAUUUUUGGUGUCUCUUCAAACAGCAUACAGAUAGGGGGGCUCUUUCCAAGGGGCGCAGAUCAGGAAUACAGUGCAUUUCGGGUAGGGAUGGUUCAGUUUUCCACUUCGGAGUUCCGGCUGACACCUCACAUCGACAAUUUGGAGGUAGCAAACAGCUUCGCAGUCACCAAUGCUUUCUGCUCCCAGUUUUCAAGAGGUGUCUAUGCCAUCUUUGGCUUUUACGACAAGAAGUCUGUCAAUACCAUCACAUCGUUCUGCGGGACCCUCCAUGUCUCCUUCAUCACGCCCAGCUUCCCAACCGAUGGCACACAUCCAUUCGUCAUUCAGAUGAGGCCUGACCUCAAGGGAGCACUUCUUAGCCUGAUUGAGUACUAUCAAUGGGAUAAGUUCGCAUAUCUUUACGACAGUGACAGAGGCCUAUCCACGCUGCAAGCUGUGCUGGAUUCUGCUGCAGAGAAAAAAUGGCAAGUGACGGCUAUCAACGUGGGCAACAUUAACAACGACAAGAAAGACGAGACCUACCGAUCGCUUUUUCAAGAUCUGGAGUUAAAAAAAGAACGGCGUGUAAUCCUGGACUGCGAACAGGAUAAAGUCAACGACAUUGUGGACCAGGUUAUCACCAUUGGAAAACAUGUUAAAGGGUAUCAUUACAUCAUUGCAAAUCUGGGAUUUACGGAUGGAGACUUGUUAAAAAUUCAGUUUGGAGGAGCAAAUGUCUCUGGGUUUCAGAUCGUGGACUAUGAUGAUUCCUUGGUAUCUAAAUUUAUAGAAAGAUGGUCAACCCUGGAAGAAAAGGAAUACCCUGGCGCACAUACAACGACAAUUAAGUAUACGUCUGCUUUGACCUAUGAUGCAGUGCAAGUCAUGACUGAAGCUUUCCGAAAUCUUCGGAAACAGAGGAUUGAAAUCUCCCGAAGGGGGAAUGCUGGCGACUGUCUGGCAAACCCAGCCGUGCCCUGGGGACAAGGUGUAGAGAUAGAAAGGGCUCUGAAGCAGGUUCAAGUUGAAGGACUCUCCGGAAAUAUAAAGUUUGACCAGAACGGAAAACGAAUAAACUAUACAAUUAACAUCAUGGAGUUGAAAACGAAUGGGCCCCGGAAGAUUGGAUACUGGAGUGAAGUUGACAAAAUGGUUGUUACCCUCACGGAACUCCCUUCUGGAAACGACACGUCCGGGCUUGAGAAUAAGACAGUUGUUGUCACGACAAUUUUGGAAUCCCCAUACGUUAUGAUGAAGAAAAAUCAUGAAAUGCUUGAAGGCAACGAGCGCUAUGAGGGCUACUGUGUUGACUUGGCCGCAGAAAUCGCCAAACAUUGUGGGUUCAAGUACAAGUUGACAAUUGUUGGGGAUGGCAAGUAUGGGGCCAGGGACGCAGACACAAAAAUUUGGAAUGGGAUGGUUGGAGAACUAGUCUAUGGGAAAGCUGAUAUAGCAAUUGCACCAUUAACGAUUACCCUUGUGAGAGAAGAGGUGAUCGACUUCUCAAAGCCCUUUAUGAGCCUCGGGAUAUCUAUCAUGAUCAAGAAGCCUCAGAAGUCCAAACCAGGAGUGUUUUCCUUUCUUGAUCCUUUAGCCUAUGAGAUCUGGAUGUGCAUUGUUUUUGCCUACAUUGGGGUCAGUGUAGUUUUAUUCCUGGUGAGCAGAUUUAGCCCCUACGAGUGGCACACUGAGGAGUUUGAAGAUGGACGAGAAACACAAAGUAGUGAAUCAACUAAUGAAUUUGGGAUUUUUAAUAGUCUCUGGUUUUCCUUGGGUGCCUUUAUGCAGCAAGGAUGCGAUAUUUCGCCAAGAUCCCUCUCUGGGCGCAUUGUUGGCGGUGUGUGGUGGUUCUUUACCCUGAUCAUAAUCUCAUCCUACACGGCUAACUUAGCUGCCUUCCUGACCGUAGAGAGGAUGGUGUCUCCCAUCGAAAGUGCUGAAGACCUUUCUAAGCAAACAGAAAUUGCUUAUGGAACAUUAGACUCUGGCUCCACAAAAGAGUUUUUUAGGAGAUCUAAAAUCGCAGUGUUUGAUAAAAUGUGGACCUACAUGAGAAGCGCAGAACCCUCUGUGUUUGUGAGGACUACAGCCGAAGGGGUGGCCAGAGUGCGGAAAUCCAAAGGGAAAUACGCCUACUUGCUGGAGUCCACCAUGAAUGAGUACAUUGAGCAAAGGAAGCCGUGUGACACCAUGAAAGUUGGUGGAAACCUGGACUCCAAAGGCUAUGGAAUUGCAACACCUAAAGGAUCCUCAUUAAGAAAUGCGGUUAACCUCGCAGUACUAAAACUGAAUGAGCAAGGCGUCUUAGACAAGCUGAAAAACAAAUGGUGGUACGACAAAGGAGAGUGCGGCAGCGGGGGAGGUGACUCCAAGGUCAGCCCCAGGGAGCAAAGUGAUGGAACCCCAGUAAAUCUUGCAGUACUGAAACUCAGUGAGCAAGGCGUCUUAGACAAGCUGAAAAACAAAUGGUGGUACGAUAAAGGGGAAUGUGGAGCCAAGGACUCUGGAAGUAAGGAAAAGACCAGUGCCCUCAGUCUGAGCAACGUGGCUGGAGUGUUCUACAUCCUUGUCGGGGGCCUUGGUUUGGCAAUGCUGGUGGCUUUGAUUGAAUUCUGUUACAAAUCGAGGGCCGAGGCGAAACGAAUGAAGAUGACCUUGAGUGAUGCCAUGAGGAACAAGGCAAGGCUGUCAAUUACAGGAAGUGCUGGAGAAAAUGGACGUGUUAUGACUCCAGACUUUCCAAAAGCAGUGCAUGCUGUCCCUUACGUGAGUCCUGGCAUGGGAAUGAAUGUCAGUGUGACUGGUAUCUCGUGAUUGAUCAGAACCUUUUGAGUGCCUUACACAAUGGGUUUCCUGUGUGUUUCUUGUCAAAGUGGUAAAAGGCAUCGAGUAUCUCGAAGACUAUUCUUUCAGCCAAGAAUUCUUAACUCUGUGGAGUUCAUCUUGAAUCGUAAGGAAUGUCUAAUUAAAAGUACCACACGAUUUUCUACUCGAGUUCCCCAUGAAGCUUGGUGGACAUGCACCGUGAAACUGGAAGUACUCUCAUUUAAACGAAGUCUUUGUACAGACAACAAACACGUUUCUGCAGCCGCUCUUGUUAGUCUCUUGAUUCAUAAGGACGUAAGCACACUUGACAUCAACUGCAUCAAGAUGUGACAUGUUUUAUAAGAAAAAGAAAAAAAAACAUUUAAAAUGAAUAAACCCCCCCCCAAACAAUAUUUUUAGGUAUUUUCACAAACUGGCUUUUAAAUAAAUUUGCUUCCAUAUUGGUUGGCUAAGACCAACCAUGAAACUGAAGCGGAAGUGAUUUAACAAGGCUUUAGGUGUCUGUUUCCACAUUUUCCAAAGCCAAAUAUGUAGAUGCUAAGGAAGGAAAACAAAGAAGAGAUUCAAAUCUUGUAAUUUAAUAUUGUUAUUAAAACUUUAAUGUAUCCUAUUCUUUAACAUUUGGUGUUAAUAUAAAACAAUUACUUGGCAAUGCUUGACAUUUGAAAUAAACAUUUUCUAUUGUUUUAAUUGCAAGUAGUCCAAUUAAUUUUACUUAUCUACAGUUUGGUCAUCAAUGAAGUGAGUCUGCAGACACUCAUACGUUGCUAGGUCUUCAGAGAAAGGUGUCCCUUCGAGAAGGCCAGGUUUUCCACUGUCAAUUAGCCUCAAAAUAAUAAUUAAAUCUGUUUUUGACCUGUCUGACGAUAAAUGCAGUGAUACAUGCUAAUACAUGAGCAUGUCUCUAUGUAGCUAUAUGCUAGUGGAUUUUAAAAGCUAAUAUUGAAACGUAAUGGAAUAUGUGAGGUUUCCAAGCAUUUGCGUUUGCAGAGAAGCAUUAGCUGUAACUGAAGUCAAAAUAGUUUGACGGCAGCCUAUUCAAUGAUUGCUCAGAUGUCAAAUUUAAGAAGCUAAAUCUGCUUUUCGUUUUUGAAAUCAUAAGAAGCCUCACAGACCUUAUAUAUUCUGAAUAUUUUAAGCACUUUGGGAUCACCCAUAAUUGGGUUGCUUCCCUUUGCCACCAUCAAUAAACACGGCCCUAAUAUACACUAUCCGUAUUCACUCCUCAGGUGGAAUAAUAUGUUCAGUGUGGAGAGAGAGAAACCCACCUUUACGUCACUUUUGACUGAAGAGUUUAUAUUUCUCUAGCCAAAAAUUUUAAAAGAGUAAUCUUUCUUUCCACAAAAGAUCUCUAAUUAUUGUUAGUGCCCUCCCUAAUAAAAUGAAUGUAAGAUAGCAAAGAAUUAUUGAAGUCCAAGAGUUAUUUUAAGCCUUCUUAGUCUUGCUAUUUCCGCAAGCAAGUCCCUGGUGUAGCAUUUGGUAUUUUACUAAGAGCAAUUGAAGUACUCUAUUUUAUCUUAUAGAAUGGAAAGAGAAAUGUAGGAGUUAACAGCAACUGCUUGCACUAAAGAUGGUGGAAGAUUAUAUCAGGAUAUUCUUUCUAAAUUUAAUUGUCCCUAAGACCAUAAAUUUCAAGAUAAAUCAGCAUAAUUUCAGUGCAUUUCUCCUCAUCAGGAAUGUUGGAGGUGCACUUUUAAUUUCAAUGAUAAAUGUCAGAAUGACCAAAUUGCAGACUAAUUUUUCCUUAUUGAACUUACAAUGAGUUUUUAAAAACAAAGCAAAAGAGAUGAUUAUAUCAAAGUUAUUCAUUGUACCUCUGGGCCUACUCUUCUAAAAAUUGUAGCUUAUAAAUUUACUCUGUCAAGCUCAAAUUAAUGUAAAUAACUGAAAUAAUGUAAAGUUAUAUUUUCAUGUUUUUAUAGAUACAACAUGACAAGAAAACAUAAUGUAAAAGUAUUUCAGCUAUGGAUAAUGUUGAUUGGACAAUGCACAUCUCAGUUACAAGCAGUACUCAUAGUUUAAUAUCCAUGUAACGGUGCAUCAAUAUAUUGCUAUAUAAACGUAUGUGUGCAUAUAAGUGAAAAGUGAACAAGUAAGAAUGAUGACAGCUGUCUAAAGGUUUUUUUAUUCAUUUUAUAUAAAAUCUGUUAUGAAAAUAUCAAAAUGUUUAUGAAAUAUUCUUAUGUAAAUUUACAACGGUCAUUUACUGUACUUUUUGUUUACAGUAGUAGUAUAGUACCUCAUUUUCUGCUGUGUUAAGUGGGUGUCAAUAUCCAAGGAGACAUACACUUUCUACAACUUCUAUUGAAAAUAUUGGGAUUUCCAAUUUUUCCAUGUGUACUGUGUCAGAAAAUGCUUUUGAUUUUAUUUUUAAAUCUAAUACUGGAUGGAAUUUUUGGAGUGUUGUAAAAACUUCAAUCGUACAUAAAACAUGUUCUUACAAAA